UUUUUCUAACGGACCAGAGAAGAAGGGUUACAGCGCAUCGUUUCCUCUGGCUGCUCAGAGUGAUGGAGGAAAAUAAUCAACUUUAAGGCGGAUUUAGUUGCAGUUCAGAGAAGGACCUGCUGAGGGCUGUGUGUAGAGUGAGAUGAGGAUCAGAGAGACGGAUCAGUGCGGAAUGGCCCAGCAGCUUCCAGAGGAUGCGGUGGGUAGACGAGUGUCCUGCGAUGGAGAGCGAGGCACUGUGAGAUAUGUUGGAACGGUUCCUCCUACGACAGGUUUGUGGUUUGGUGUGGAGUGGGACAACCCUGAAAGAGGCAAACAUGAUGGAAGCCAUGAAGGAGUUCGCUACUUUACAUGCAGGCACCCAACAGGGGGGUCAUUUGUGCGACCCAAAAAAGCUGGCUUCGGUGUGGACUUCCUGACUGCUGUAAAGCAGCGCUAUGAGCUGUGCCUGGACCAGGCCAUUAAAGAAGAAGUGAGAAUCUCCACCAAGACUGUAAGGAUGGUUGGCUUUGAGUCCAUCAUGGAGAAACAGAAGAUGGAGAAUUUAGCAGAGGUUGCUCUCAUAAAUUGUGAGGUGUCUGGUCCAGGCCCUGAAAAUGAAAUCAAGAAAAACACACCCAAUGUAGUUUCUCUGGAUCUCUCUGGGAAUCUCUUGAACUCCUGGGAGGUGGUGGCAGCGAUUACAGAGCAGCUAGAAGAACUGCAAGUACUUUGCCUGAGUCAUAAUCGACUUAGCAUUGCCUCCAGCCCUUCCAACCUCAACCCCGCCUUCUCCAAACUAAGGGUCUUAACACUCAACAGCUGUGCUAUCACCUGGUCUCAGGUGCUCUGCUGCGCCCCAAUGUGGCCACACAUAGAGGAGCUCUUUCUUAAUGAUAACGAUAUCACUGAAUUACAGAGGCCAGUAGAUGUGCUGCAGGGUUUGAAGGUGCUGGACUUGUCCAACAAUAGUUUAGUUCAGGAGAGCGUACUGCAAAUAUCAAACCUCUCCAGGUUGGAGAUACUAAAUCUCUCCGGUACAGGUUUGUCCACCGUUCACUUCAGUGACGCAUUACCAGGCACCAAGACGGCGAUGUUCCCUGCGCUGAAGAUCCUUUUACUAGAUGACAAUAAAAUCUCUGAGUGGGGUGUAAUUAAUGAGCUGGACAAACUAAGCGCCUUGGUGCAGUUGUCUUGUAAGAGGAACCCCCUGAUUGAUUUGGACAAGAACCAUGAGACGACCCGCCAGCUCCUCAUCGCGCGUAUCCGCCAGCUGGAGAUACUCAACAGAAGUCAGGUCCUGCAGGAGGAGAGGAGAGGUGCUGAGCUGGAUUACUGUAAGAAGUUUGGUCGAGCAUGGCUGCAGGCUGGAGGCCACAGUGUCCCAGAAAAGAACCAGCCCAGUGCAGAGUUCAUAGCGGAGCACCCACGCUACAUCACCCUUAUUCAGAAGUAUGGUGCACCGGAGGAGGAUGAGCUGAAAGAGCAGAAACCUUUCGCUCUAAAAGACCAGUUGUUGACCGUCACAUUUGAGUGCCCCGAGGAGACGGACAGGAAACCCAUACAGAAGAAGCUCCCAGGGUCGAUGGUUGUUCAGAAAGUGAAGGGACUGCUGUAUAGACUCCUGAAGCUCCCAGGCACAGAGCUCCACCUCAGCUACACCAGCUCCAAGAUGGAGGGCAAAGAGAUCGAGAUUGAUAAUGACCUGAAGCCGCUGCAGUUCUACUCUAUAGAAGACGGGGACAGAAUUCUGGUGCGCUGGUCCUGAGGUGGCACCUGCUGGAGCUCGCUGAACUCUGCGUCAUACACAGCUGACCUCCUCCACACAGAGCCCGAGUCUGCUGGUGCCUGCUUUCAUCUCUCACACCGCCUCAGCACACUUCUAUAACAGAGACUGGAGGGAUCUUGUGCACACAGAUGCCUUUUUGGCUUUCACAUUUCUGUGUCCUCAUUAGAGCUUUUGCUUGAUAUGGAUCAUGAUCCAGAGCUACUUAAUAUUAUCAUCACAUUUCGAAUACAAAGUGUUCUUAUUUAAACAGCAUACUGUUUUAACUUAAAGCAGGAUUAUAUUUGAUUAUAUAUGUUUGUUUUUAGUGUGUGUGAUGGAAGGCUGCACUUUAUCCUGCUCUAAAAGACCCGAUUCCGUUCAGGAACGGUUUAAUGAGCAGAUCAAUCAGCGUUAGAGCAAGACAAACACAUGCUUUGUGAUAGUAUCUCUGUAGUCAGUUGCUGUGUCUCAACAUUAGAUGGCACUAUGCAGGUACCACGUAGGAGAAAUGCCCAUUACCCACUAGCCAGUACCAAUCUAUAACAGGGAUGCACUGAUAAUUUCUGUUAGCCAAAGUUGCAACAUAAGAUUAUUUGCUCUUCAUUGAGCCAAACUGGCAUUUUAAAUCUGUAAAUGAAAAAUCAGUUGCAUAUUUAAAUGACAAAAAUCAAAUGCUACAUCAAAAGUAAGAGGCAACCAGCUGUUCAGCACAGUCAGUCAUAGGUAAUUAUGCUAUGACACUUUUGUAUUUAAAUAAACAUUCAAACAAG